UUAUGUUCUGGUCUCAUGGGACAGCACCAACUGCACUGUGGGAACAGUUCUUCUGGAUCCCUACAUAAUAACAACAACACAUUUUUUUUAAUCUUUUCCCUAAAGCCUGAAAAAAUAUUUCCAGUUUAAGGAUUUUUAUUUAUGAUAUGGAUCAUUGUGAUUGUAUGAAAAAGCUAAUAAAAUGCCGGUGUACUGUAGGUGAGACAGAAUGGAUUCCCCAGCCAGACUUCAUAGACGACAUGUAUUGGUCCGGGUCAGCGCCCCUUUGUUUAGGAGGCUGUAAGGCGCGGCACCAGGAGCUCAGGAGAGAUCGUUGUGGAGACUCGAGCUGCUGCUGGCUCGGCUACAAGUCCCUGUGCAGAGUGAACUGUGGGAAGCCAGAUGUGGACUAUAAUGGAGUGGUGUAUGGUAACGACUGGUGGGUGGGCUCUGUGGUGAGGUACGCCUGUCGCUCUGGCUUCAUGCUGGUGGGAAACCCAACCAGAUCUUGCCAGCCUAAUGGCCUCUGGACCCCGAAACCCACCUGCCUCCGAAUGUGUCCACAGGGACGCAUUGAAAUCAGUGAGAGGGAACUGAAUGGGACAUGCAACUCCACCUGCACAUUUAAGUACUAUUUUGGCCCACCCAAACAAGGCUGCACCCGGAUAGACAACUGCAAGAAGAAGGAGACUGGCUGGAAGCGAUUCUUUGCACAGUGUGUCCCUUGCAUUUGUGACUGUGCUUUAUCAUGUGCAUCUAAAGUCUAAAAGAUGGAGAAAGCACAAUGUUGACUUCAGAUGAAGAGGAAACACAGACAGCUUGUGCACCGCAGAGCCACACACUGUUUCUGCUCCUUCAUGCAAUUAUGUGGACAAAUCAAUUGACUAAAAGCUGGAUGUUUUCAGACAUUAAUU